AUGUCCUGUUCACCAGCUAUGCCCCCAAAUAACAUGUCCAUUGACAGUAUCAACGCUACUGCUUUUGCGUUGAUGUACGGAUAUCCUCUUACCUUGUACGCCCAAACUUUCGAGCCGACCCUCCAGGCAGUUGGCGUCAACGCUAUCCAACACGAAGAAAGCCUAUCCACCCAAGAUCUCGAGGUCCUGGUCCGACCGAACGUCGACACACUGUACUCUAAAGCUGCAGUUGAUCUUUCGCAUGCGGAUGUAGUACUGUCUCUCCCUGAUGUUCCCGCGAACAGAUAUUACGUCGUUCCCUUCUAUGACUUGUAUGGGAACAACUUUGCCGACCUCGGGACUGUAAUCAACAGUCCCCCGGGAGACUAUCUUAUCACGGUCGCGGGAGACGACGAGCCAGGCCUUCUAAUGCUCGAUAAAGACAACUAUGGAGGCUCCAAGUACAAGGGAAUCAUCAAAUCGCCCACUGCGUACGGAGGGAUCAUGCUUCGUAUCGUGCUCAAAAAUAACACAACCGACGUCGAUGAAGUCAAAGCCAUUCAAUCUCAAAUCAAGAUGACGACAGUUGAGCGUGUGGGAGAGCCGAUAGCCUCAGCUCUAACUCUUAGUCUUCUGGGUAAUGGCCAAAUUUCACCUGCUGCUUUCCUCCUUCCGUUCAACUUCAGCGUCGCUCAGACGACCCAGACUCUCCAGCUCUUAGCGCAGCUGAAUGAAGCGAAUCCACCCGUGGAAAGAUCAGACCUGGAUCGUGUCAACUCUAUGCUUGCCGCCGCUGGCAUCAACAAUGGAAACUACACUGCUCCAGCUGGCCUCAACUAUGCCCAAGUCUACGAAAUCAUGGGCAAAGAGUUCAUGUCUCUCCUGGACCCCUCAAGCCAUGCAUUCAACCAAAACGGCUGGUUCACCCUCCUUCCCAGCAUGAGCGGUAACUUCGGGAUAGAGUACACCGCUCGCGCAUACAUCGCAUGGUUUGGCUACCUGCAGCUCGCCGACUACGUAGCAGCAUAUCCUACCUACAACGAUCCAGCGCUUCCCGUUACUGCGCAGGUUACGAUGCAGCUAACAGCGAAUGAAUCAUACAUCAUGACCUUCUCUGGGAAGCCGCCCGUUACCGGUUUCUGGAGCCUGACGGCAUACGAUAGCACGAAUUACUUAGUACCGAACGAUCUGAACCGAUACGCAUUGGGCGAUCGUAGCAACUUGACCUAUCCAGACGGUACGCUAAUCUACGCGGAUUUGGACAGCGACGGAGCGUUCUCGAUCUUGAUCCAGCCGGCGGAUGUGGCACCGAGCUCGAACUGGACUAACAACUGGCUGCCUGCUCCCGUUGGCGGUGGAGAAUUUACUGUGAAUUUGAGAUGGUAUGGAGUAACUCCGGCGCUUUCGAACGGAAGCUAUGUGUAUCCUAUCGUUACCAAGCAGGGCAGUAUCUACUAA